AUGGAGCCGCCCGGCGGGGGCCUGGGGCCCGGCCGCGGGACCCGGGACAAGAAGAAGGGCCGGAGCCCGGACGAGCUGCCCUCGGCGGGAGGCGACGGCGGCAAAUCCAAGAAAUUUACUCUGAAGCGGCUCAUGGCAGAUGAGCUGGAGAGAUUUACCAGCAUGAGAAUUAAGAAGGAGAAGGAAAAGCCCAAUUCUGCUCAUAGAAAUUCUUCUGCAUCAUAUGGGGAUGAUCCCACUGCACAGUCAUUGCAAGAUGUUUCAGAUGAGCAAGUUCUAGUACUCUUUGAACAGAUGCUGCUGGAUAUGAACCUGAAUGAGGAGAAACAGCAACCUUUGAGGGAGAAGGACAUCAUCAUCAAGAGGGAGAUGGUGUCCCAAUACUUGCACACCUCCAAGGCUGGUAUGAGCCAAAAGGAGAGCUCCAGGUCUGCCAUGAUGUACAUUCAGGAGUUGAGGUCAGGCUUGAGGGAUAUGCCUCUGCUCAGCUGCCUGGAGUCCCUUCGUGUCUCUCUUAACAACAACCCUGUCAGUUGGGUGCAGACAUUUGGUGCUGAGGGCCUGGCCUCCUUAUUAGAUAUCCUGAAACGACUUCAUGAUGAGAAAGAAGAGAUUGCUGGAAGCUACGAUAGCCGUAACAAGCAUGAGAUCAUUCGCUGCUUGAAAGCUUUUAUGAACAAUAAGUUUGGAAUCAAGACCAUGCUGGAGACAGAAGAAGGGAUCCUGCUGCUGGUCAGAGCCAUGGAUCCUGCUGUUCCCAACAUGAUGAUUGAUGCAGCUAAGCUUCUUUCUGCUCUUUGUAUCCUGCCACAGCCAGAGGACAUGAAUGAAAGGGUUUUGGAGGCGAUGACAGAAAGAGCUGAGAUGGAUGAAGUGGAACGUUUCCAGCCACUGCUGGAUGGAUUAAAAAGUGGGACCUCCAUUGCGCUCAAGGUGGGGUGCCUACAGCUGAUCAAUGCUCUCAUCACACCAGCUGAAGAACUUGACUUCCGAGUUCAUAUCCGAAGUGAACUGAUGCGCUUGGGGCUACAUCAAGUGUUGCAGGAGCUUCGAGAGAUUGAAAAUGAUGAUAUGAGAGUACAACUAAAUGUGUUUGAUGAACAAGGGGAAGAAGAUUCCUAUGACCUGAAGGGACGACUGGAUGACAUUCGAAUGGAGAUGGAUGACUUCAGUGAAGUCUUCCAGAUUCUCUUAAACACAGUGAAGGAUUCAAAGGCAGAACCACACUUCCUGUCCAUUCUGCAGCACCUUCUCUUGGUCCGAAAUGACUAUGAGGCCAGACCGCAGUAUUAUAAGUUGAUUGAAGAAUGUAUUUCUCAGAUAGUUCUGCACAAGAAUGGGGCUGAUCCUGACUUCAAGUGCCGGCACCUCCAGAUUGAUAUUGAAGGACUGAUUGAUCAAAUGAUUGAUAAAACAAAGGUGGAGAUCUCUGAAGCCAAAGCUACAGAGCUGGAAAAGAAGCUGGACUCAGAGUUAACAGCCCGACAUGAGCUACAGGUGGAAAUGAAAAAGAUGGAAAGUGACUUUGAGCAGAAACUUCAGGAUCUUCAGGGAGAAAAGGAUGCAUUGGAUUCUGAAAAGCAACAGAUUGCUACAGAGAAACAGGGCCUGGAAGCAGAGGUGUCUCAGCUCACAGGAGAGGUUGCCAAGCUGUCCAAGGAACUGGAAGACGCCAAGAAAGAAAUGGCUUCCAUUUCCGCUGCAGUUACUGCUGUAGCCCCUCCCAGCAGUGCUUCUGUUGCCUCUGCCCCUCCUUUGCCUGGUGACUCUGGCACUGCUAAAGUGGGGGUUAGCAUAUCACCCCCACCACCUCUCCCUGGGAGUGAUACAGUUCCCUCUCCACCACCUCCUCCACCUCCCCCUCCCUUACCUGGGGGCAGUUACACCUCCUCAAGCGGCUCUCCUUUGCCUGGGGAUGUUUGCAUCUCCACACCCCCUCCUCUGCCUGAGGGUACCAUCCCUCCACCCCCUCCUCUGCCUGAGGGUACUAGCAUCCCUCCACCCCCUCCUCUGCCUGUGGGUACUAGCAUCCCUCCACCCCCUCCUUUGCCUGGGAGUGCUAGCAUCCCCCCACCCCCUCCUUUGCCUGGGAGUGCUAGCAUCCCUCCACCCCCUCCUUUGCCUGGGAGUGCUAGCAUCCCUCCACCCCCUCCUUUGCCUGGGGGUGCUUGCAUCCCCCUACCCCCUCCUUUGCCUGGGGGUGCUUGCAUCCCCCCACCCCCUCCUCCCUUGCCUGGAGGACCAGGAAUGCCACCUCCCCCUCCCCCUCUUCCUGGUGGUGCUGGAAUCCCUCCACCCCCUCCAUUUCCUGGAGGCCCUGGCAUUCCUCCACCUCCACCCGGAAUGGGUAUGCCUCCACCUCCCCCUUUUGGAUUUGGAGUUCCUGCUGCCCCAGUUCUGCCAUUUGGAUUAACCCCAAAGAAACUUUAUAAGCCAGAAGUGCAGCUCCGGAGGCCAAACUGGUCCAAGUUUGUUGCUGAGGACCUUUCCCAGGACUGCUUCUGGACAAAGGUGAAGGAGGACCGCUUUGAGAACAAUGAACUUUUCGCCAAACUUACCCUUACCUUCUCUGCCCAGACCAAGACUUCGAAAGCCAAGAAGGAUCAGGAAGGUGGAGAAGAAAAGAAAUCUGUGCAGAAGAAAAAAGUAAAAGAGUUAAAGGUGUUGGAUUCAAAGACAGCCCAGAAUCUCUCAAUCUUUUUGGGUUCCUUCCGCAUGCCCUAUCAAGAGAUUAAGAAUGUCAUCCUGGAGGUGAAUGAGGCUGUUCUGACUGAGUCUAUGAUCCAGAACCUCAUUAAGCAGAUGCCAGAGCCAGAGCAGUUAAAAAUGCUUUCCGAACUGAAGGAUGAAUACGAUGAUCUGGCUGAGUCAGAGCAGUUUGGUGUGGUGAUGGGCACUGUGCCCCGCCUGCGGCCUCGCCUCAAUGCUAUCCUCUUCAAGCUCCAGUUUAGUGAGCAAGUGGAGAAUAUCAAGCCAGAGAUUGUUUCCGUGACUGCUGCAUGCGAGGAGUUGCGAAAGAGCGAGAACUUCUCUAGCCUCCUGGAGAUUACCUUGCUUGUUGGAAAUUAUAUGAAUGCUGGCUCCAGGAAUGCUGGUGCCUUUGGCUUCAGUAUCAGCUUUCUCUGUAAGCUUCGAGACACCAAGUCCACAGAUCAGAAGAUGACAUUAUUGCACUUCUUGGCUGAGUUGUGUGAGACUGACCAUCCCGAUGUCCUCAAGUUUCCAGAUGAGCUUGCCCAUGUGGAGAAAGCCAGCCGAGUUUCUGCUGAAAACAUGCAAAAGAACCUAGAUCAGAUGAAGAAACAAAUUUCUGAUGUGGAACGUGAUGUUCAGAAUUUCCCAGCUGCCACAGAUGAGAAAGACAAGUUUGUUGAAAAAAUGACUAGCUUUGUGAAAGAUGCACAGGAACAAUAUAACAAGCUGCGGAUGAUGCACUCUAACAUGGAGACACUCUAUAAGGAGCUGGGCGAGUACUUCCUCUUUGACCCCAAGAAGGUGCCUGUGGAAGAAUUCUUCAUGGAUCUACACAACUUUAGGAAUAUGUUUGUGCAAGCAGUCAAGGAGAACCAGAAGCGGCGGGAGACAGAGGAGAAGAUGCGGCGAGCAAAGCUAGCCAAGGAGAAGGCAGAGAAGGAGCGGCUGGAGAAGCAGCAGAAAAGAGAGCAACUCAUAGACAUGAAUGCAGAGGGCGAUGAGACAGGUGUGAUGGACAGUCUUCUAGAAGCCUUGCAGUCAGGCGCAGCUUUCCGACGGAAGAGAGGACCCCGUCAGGCCAACAGGAAGGCCGGGUGUGCAGUCACAUCUCUGUUAGCCUCAGAGCUGACCAAGGACGAUGCCAUGGCUGUUCCUCCUGCGAAGGUGCCCAGAAACAGUGAGGGAGUGCCCACAAUCCUUGAGGAAACCAAGGAGUUGGUUGGCCGUGCAAGCUAAAUAAGCUGGGUCCUGUGGCCAUGGCAGCUCCUCGGUGGAGCCCCAGACAGUCCUGCCCUGCAGCAUGUGCCUAAAAAAGGAUCACAGAGGUAUUCCUCUGGGGUGGCUGCUCCCACCACCCUGACCCUGUCUUUUUCUCUGGCCUGCUGCUCUCUGUACAUCACACACAGCUUCAGCUGCCUGGAGGCCAGAAGGAAAGGGCAGUGUGGGGGGAGGCCUGAGCCCAACCCAGCCAGCCCUGGCUGCUGUAUUACCAAAGCAGGCUCCGUGUUUGCUGCCUUAACCCCAAGUGUCUCCUCUCUGUUACUCUCAGGCCUCGUCUCAGACAAGGCCCUGCCUGCUUUCUCAGCCCCUGCCUUUCCAGGGGGCUUUCCCCUAGGUCAAUCUUGCUGGAUUUGUGCUUUUCUUUUGUGGUUUCUCUGGCCCUGAGAACAGCAUGGGGCUUGUGCACCUCUGGGCUGUCUCCCUCCUUUCAUUGCUGCCACCUCUGCUCUGCCCUUUUCUCUCCUGGCUGUUGUUAUUUAUUACUACUGUCGUGGCACUGGGAGCUGCUUCUAAGGAAGUGGGGAGCAAAUCCCACCCUCACCCCACCUUCCUAGGAAAGACCUCCUCAAACAAAAAGGACCUGGCCCACUUCAUCUCUUCUGCAGUGGCCUAGGUCAGAGCCUGUGGGCAGGCAGGCAGGGCACAGAGACAUUGUGGGACCCACCCCCAGCCUGCUGCCAUGCUUUACACCCCAGCCUCUCUGGACCCUCUGCACCAGCCCCAGGCUACUGAGCCACGGUCCCUCCUCACACCUCCCCGGAGCUUUGGUGCAUCUCAUCUGGACUACGGCUGUAUUGUGACCAUCCCAACACCUCACCCUCUGUCUCCAAGGAAAUGGGAGGUUGAGCCUCCUGGCUGAGAAAUUGUUUUGCAAAUGGAUCUAUUUUUAUAUGAGAUUUUUUUUUUAAAGAAAAAUAACUCUUCCUUCCCCCUUCCCCUCCAUAAUGUAAGAGGCUUUGAUGGCAGGUUCCAGAGUCCCUGGGAUUCCUCCCCACAGGCCCCAAUCCUGAAUGAGCACCUGGACCUCCACCUCAGCCCUCAAGCCUUCUGGGGCAGGAGGACGCUCUUCUCUGGUUGAGCUGGACCAGGUCUAAGAGUAGUGGGAGCUUUGAGACCACAGAGUUUUUAUAAAUUUAAUAUAUUUAUCAAGCCAAAUGUGCAAAUGCUAACUGGACAUUCUGGAGAAGUGGGCAUAGGGAGUACCCCCCCACACACAUUGUACCCUGCUCCCUUCUGAACAGGGGCAAGCCAAACUGUUUGGUGCCCCCAGCCACAGGAAGCUGAGAUUCUCUGGCUCAAGGUGACAGUUUGCCCUCCUUAUGCUCUUUUGAGUCCCUUACCCCCUUCCCCCUCGGGUGGGAAGAGAGAAUGGCACUGUUAGGGCUUGGCCCAGAUUAUAGUUGUUAGAGCAAGGGGGAGCUUAGGAGGCCUAAGGGCGCCUGCAGGGAGGCCUUGAGACCAGGAGGGAGGUUCUGGUUGCCAGAGCCUGUGUGUGAAGGGGCAACAGCAGCUCCUUUGAACUAUUCCCGGGAAGACUGUGGUUCUGGGGGGCCUGCUGCUCCCCUGGCUCCCCUCAUUUUCCCUGCUGACAUCUGGGGCUUUGACCCUUUCCUUUUUUAAUCUACUUUUGCUAAGAUGCAUUUAAUAAAAAAUUUUAAAAAGGGACAAAAUGCAAACCUAUUUCCCUCGCCUCUUGGCCUUCUGGGAUGUCAUCACCUCCAGUUUGUUGGGUUUGUUUCCAACUGUUAAUAAACCAUUGAGACAGUAACGCC